GAGGCCGGUUCAGGUUCAACAGCAUCAUUGUGGGGACAUUUUGUCAGAUUUGGGGUUAGAACCAGGUUUAGUUUAGUUAGGACAUGUAUUAUGUCAGUGAGUGUCCUCAUAAGUAGAGAGAGACGCGUGCGUGUGUGUGCGCGUGUUAUCUGUUUAAAAACAACGAAGUCGAGUCAAAGUUCACUGUGACGUCACGAACAGCCGUGAGAUGUAAAAUUGUUACUGAGCUAACGUGACGCUAACCUGAAGCUAACGUGAUGCUAACCUGAAGCUAACGUGACGCUAACCUGAAGCUAACGUGAUGCUAACCUGAAGCUAGCCUGAAGCUCCGCCAGCUGAACAGACUGAAGGGCUCAGGUGAGAACCAGGUUGAGUUGAUCGAAGGUAAAACGAGAGAAUCAGACUGGUUCCGCUCUCACCCUCUGGACCAUGGCCAACCCACUGAGGGCUGAAGUGGUUCGACUCUAUAAAAACCUCCUCUACCUCGGCCGGGAGUAUCCCAAAGGAGGCGACUACUUCAGAGACCGGCUGAGAUCUGCGUUCACCAAAAACAAGUCAGUCCAGGACCCGGCGCAGAUCAAGGAGAUGAUCGCUCGAGGGGAGUACGUGUCCAGAGAGCUGGAGGCGCUGUACUACCUGAGGAAAUACAGAGCCAUGAAGAAACGCUACUACGAGGAAUAAACACGUCUCCAGAUCAGUUCUUUCUCAGUGAGAGCCAGCAGUGUACGAGGAAAACAUCUUUAAAUCUAUUUCAGGAAUAAAUCAGCAGCAGCUUCGAGGUUUUAUCUUUUUAUUCCUGUAAAAUCAGCAAUGACAGAAAACAUUUAAAUAAAAGUAUAAAAAAGA